AUGGCGAGUACGAGUCUCACAGAGGCAGCCGUCAGUACGGGCAUCGAUAUGCCUGCCCUUGACAACAAAAUCCCUAGUUCGUCCAAGAUUACGCAAUCAUCGAAAGAACCCAAAGAACAUACAACAACUGCGCUUAAAAGGCCUGGGAGGAGUAAAUACCGCCAUAUUGCGGCGUACCACUCAGAGUCGCGCAACUCGUGUCUCAGCAGAGACUCCACAUGGAAUCCGAGCUUCAUCGGCUUUCGCAACUUGAUGGUUAUAGUUCUGAUUGUGAUGAACCUUCGACUGGUUGUUGAGAAUUUCAUGAAGUAUGGUGUCCUCAUCUGUAUCAAAUGCCACGACUUUCGAAAAAACGAUUUAAUACUUGGGUCUAUGCUGUUCGCCCUCGUCCCGUGCCAUCUCUUCGUGGCGUAUAUAAUCGAACUCGCUGCUGCACAGCAAACUAGGGGUGCAGUAGGCCGCACAAAAAAGAAGGAUGAUGUUGCAGCGGAGGCGGAGAGAGAACAAAAAGCGUUUCAGUCGACCUGGCGCCUCAUUGCUUUUGCGCAUACUAUCAAUGCCACUCUCUGUCUUGUCGUGACCAACUUUGUUGUGUACUAUUAUAUCCACCACCCUGGCAUCGGUACAAUUUGCGAGUUGCACGGCAUUAUCGUGUGGCUCAAGAACUGCUCCUACGCCUUCACCAACCGUGAUCUUCGACACUCUAUGCUCCACCCGUCCGAGCAAUCGAAAAUCCCCGAUAUAUAUUCCGCAUGUCCGUACCCACAGAAUAUCACAGUUGGAAAUCUGACCUAUUUCUGGCUGGCACCUACUUUGGUCUAUCAACCAGUUUAUCCCCGAACUCCGCGUAUUCGAUGGGGAUUUGUGGGGAAACGCCUUGUCGAGUUUGUAGUGUUGUCGGUCUUUAUUUGGCUCACAUCAGCGCAGUAUGCUGCCCCCGUGCUGCAAAAUUCUCUCGACAAAAUUGCGGUGUUGGACUUUACAUCCAUUGUUGAGCGAAUCAUGAAGCUUUCGACCAUUUCGUUGAUUAUCUGGCUCGCGGGCUUCUUCGCUCUCUUCCAAGCUCUCCUGAAUGCAUUGGCAGAAGUAAUGCGUUUUGGUGACCGCGAGUUUUACUCGGAUUGGUGGAACAGCUGGAGCCUUGGCAUGUACUGGCGAUCCUGGAAUAAGCCGGUGUACUUGUUCAUGAAGAGACACAUCUUUUCUCCGCUGGUCGGGAGAGGUUGGAGCCCUUUUGCGGCUAGCAUCAUGGUGUUCUUGUUCUCGGCCAUCCUCCACGAACUGCUAGUAGGCAUUCCUACUCACAAUCUAAUUGGGGUGGCCUUUGCCGGGAUGAUGCUCCAGCUCCCGCUCAUCACCGUCACUUUGCCAUUGGAGAAGAUGGAUGAUCCGACAACUAGAAUUUUUGGAAACACUGUGUUCUGGGUGAGCUUCUGUCUAGUCGGGCAGCCACUCGGCGCUUUGCUAUACUUUUUCGCCUGGCAGGCCAAAUACGGCAGUGUCAGCAAGAUGGGAGCUUCGUCGCGUCAUAGGCAGGUGCAAUCAUCUCUCUCUACAACAUCGACGGCCAUCGAAGGCCAUGCCAUGGCUACCAUCACUAUCCCGGAAAACUAUGGUGUUGUUAUCGGCGUCGCUCUCGGUGCCAUCCCUCUCCUCUCCUGGAUCCAGGGAAACAUCGUGGGCAGCCUUCGCAAGGACGCCGCCGUUCCUUAUCCACACCAUUACGCGACUCCCGAGCAAUGCAAGGCAAAUCCCAAGGCCCAGAAGUUCAACUGCGCCCAGCGCGCUCACGGUAACUUGAUGGAGAACAUGUCGCAGACGAUCCUCUACAUCCUCAUCGCCGGUCUGAAGUGGCCGCAGGCGUCGGCUGCCAUUGGAAGCGCCUGGGUGCUUUCGCGCAUUGUCUAUACCUACGGAUACAUCUACUCAACCAAGGCUCGAGGAGCUGGGCGCCUUUAUGGAUCAACGUUCUGGCUGUGCCAGGCUACUCUUUGGGGCAUGACUGUUUUUGGAGUUGGUCGGGAAUUGUUGAGUUUUUAA